AUGAAUAUGAACACGUACAUUUGUUUGAGUGUUGUCUUUUAUAAUGUCGUUAUUGGAAAUAUUGCUAACGAAGUAGAAAUGAAACAAAAUACAGCAGGAAAAUCAAAAAUCAACAUAACAUUACAAAAAGUGGAACGAAAUUACUCAGAUAAUAUAACUUAUGAUUGCUCCCGAAAUGAGGUUUUCAAACUCUGCGAAUCUUGUAACGAGUCUUGUGAAAAUGGCACAAAUGUAUGUACAGAACCCUGGGGUGGAUGUUUCUGUGAUAAAAAAUCGACGGAAGACAAAUAUAACCAAUGUUUCAAAUACGAAGAAUGUUCUCGACUAAAAAGGAACGAUUUUCCUGUAACCGAACUUCCUCUACCAUACGAGUUGGCAUGUGGCGCCCACCAGGUGUACAGCUCUUGCAGGAGAUGUGAUAAAACAUGCUCAGACCCAAACCCACCUUGUAACAGUAGCUGUAUCGCCGGCUGCUUCUGUGAUGAUGGCUAUCUGAAAGCACCAGAUGGACAAUGCAUCUUGUUAAAGAAUUGCCCCCAAGCUGUAAUAACGAUUGGCAGCAACGAGCCGUCUAUAGACGAAUGCCUGCCCGACGAAGUGUUCGUCUGGUGCGGCUGGUGUGAAGGGAGCUGUUCCGAGCCGACACCACAAUGCCCAGAGACUACGUGCACACAAGGAUGUCUAUGCCGACCGCCACUAUUGCGUCAUUAUUCUGGCCUUUGUGUUGAAGAAAAGGAUUGUCUUCCUCGAAAAUGUCCAUAUUCUAACGAGGAGUACACAUGUCAUUACGGUUGUGAAGCGAGAUGUAACGCGCAUGCGUGCACGCGCCCGCGCCGCUGUCAUCUUGGAUGCCACUGUAAGCGCGGCCUGUUUAGAAAUGAAAAGGGAAAAUGCGUGCCAGCCAAUGAAUGCUCGAAACAAAACAAUUAAACCAUAUUAUAUUGAAUAAAGCUUAUGUUUUAAUUUGAUACAAAUAA